UCGUUCUCCUCCUGACCGAAAACCCUAUACUCCGCGAAGUUCAGUCCGAAAAAUCACAAGAAAAACACACAAAAUUCAAUGGAAAAAGGGAGCUAGAAUUCGAAUUCGUACUCGUGAAUCGCUGAGACGGCGCCAUGAACUUCAUCCAACGUCGGAACGGACCAUUCCAUUGAGUCCUCAUAAACCCUAGCGCCAUUUUCAAUCUCAAUUCCGUCCUCAGUAACCCACUCGAACUCAUCACAGUACGGAUUACAGAAAUGCCAGCCGGCGGGAACUCCGUUAGUGGUGGAAACCGGGUACUGGCUAAGGGAAGUGCUCGACGACAGGCCGUGGAAAUUGGCGGAGCCGCCGGGGCGUCGUGUGGCUCUGGAAGUGGAAGUCGGAGAGGAAGGUCGGUUUGUGGGGGUAUUGGCGGCUCUGGCGACGGCUCUACCGGCGGUUCUGAUGAUGUUUCCGGCAGGUCCACCUCCCAUGCUUUUGCCGCGGAACAUGAUGAUCGGACUAGAAUGACUCGAGGUUUGAAGAUUUCUCCUAAUAAUCGCUUUCCGGGUCAAGCUUCGAGCAUGUCGUCGCACAUUGGGACAGCAAACAAGAUUGUCAAAGAGAAGCUUACCCCCAAGCAACUGGACUUGUUCAAAAGGACUGUAUUUGGACGAUUUGUGGAUAUGGAUCUGGUUUUCAGCAGCCCAUUAGUCCAUCAUAUUUUAUUACGAGAGGUGAAGGACGAGAGGCCAGAUGCUAUGAGCUUCAAUCUGAAUGGUAUUAUCGCCACCUUCUCCAAAGAAGAGUUCUUGUUGGUGACAGGAUUAUGGCCGUCACCUACCAAACCGGUUCCAAGGGUUGAAGCCACUAAAUCACUAGGAACAAAGUAUUUCGGCAAUGAGUUGGUGGUGGACAUGAACCCCCUUACCUUUGAGGAAAGAUACAAGAAUUUGAACUUCUACGAUGACUUGGACGCAGUGAAGGUUACAUUGGUUUAUUACACUGAGUUGGCAAUGAUGGGGAAAGACAGGACAAAGAGUAUAAUCAACAAAUCACUAUUGGACGAUGUUGAGGACUUGAAAUACUACAAUAGUCUCGAUUGGGGACAUAUAUUAUGGGAGAAAACGUUGAGGGGCCUUCAAAAUGCACUAAAGAACAAGGUUGAUAUGUACAAAAAAAAGGUCAAAUUGAAUAAGAACUAUAAUGUAAAGUAUAGCCUGCCUGGUUUUCCUCAUGCAUUUCAGGUGUGGGCAUACGAAAUCAUAUCGUCAAUUGCUGGUAAAGCUGUUACUCGACUGAACAAUGAGGCGGUGCCUCGCAUCUUGAGAUGGUCAUGCUCGUAUUCACUUCCUUCCAAGUUAUUGCAGAGAGACGUUUUCAACUCUAUGAGGAUAGUGAUUUCUCCUACACUUAUUAUGUCGGAUGCGGAAAAGCAAUUUAGAGACAGUGAGGUUGAUGAACGACCCAUAUAUGUAGUAGACCAAGCCAAGAGGGCUCCAUCAGUGAUUGACGUCUCUGAGGAUAGUGAUGGCCCAAAAGAUGCUCAGGGUCACUUCGAUGACCAUGAUCUCCACAACGAGGAUAUUUCAAAUCCCCAUUACGAGCAUCUGCAGGGUCCACAUGCUAAGCAUGAGCGCAGUGACAACUGCGAUGCCCACAAUGACCAUGACAUUGACAACAAUUCCGAACGUUUCAUGAGGGAUCAUGUGGAGGAUCGUCUACCAGAGCCUGAAAUGAGCAUGAAGAGGUGCAAAAGGGAAGGAAAAGCACAUAAGGAGCACAACCACAACGUGUUCUCCUAUCUGAAAAGCUUAGAUGGUCGAGUGUCAAGGGUCGAGGACACAUUGAAGGAGAUGAAGUCGGACUUGCAGACCAUUACUUCUCUAUUGCACUCGUAUUGUAAGAGCAAGAACGUGUUUAAUGAUAAGAAUGGUGCUUGCGAUUUGGAUUCCAGGCAUCCUGAACCCACAUCUCUCACAGCUCCUUCACCUCACAUCGAAACUACUACUACUACUGGGUUGGAUGAUGAAAGGGCCAUUAGAACAGCAGAGUGUGAAAUUGUUCAAGACAUGGAGCUUCGUAAAUGGGGUUUCAAGUUCACACUUGCUUAAGUAUAUACUAAACAAUCUUAACUUGUAUUUCACUCGUAGUUUUUGAUUUGUACAAAAGGCACCAGGUUAGAUUGUAAAUUGGGGAUGGAAUUUUUGGGACAAAAUUUAGAAAAAGACCCAAUGAAUUUUGUCUUUGUGUUAAAAAAUAUCUACUCCCUUUCAAAAGUUGCAAUACAUAAAUAUUUCAAAA